UCAUUUUUUGAUACUAAACCUCUAAUCUUUGUGCUUUAACCUCUAAUAUUGUGUGUGUGGUGGUGAAUUGAGCAAACUUUGAGAUGUUUAAUAUUGAUAUUGAUACUGAUAUGGUUGAGCCAGUAAUGGUUAAUGGGUUGAACCAACGAGUAGACGAUCGAAACAAAAAUAUGCAGAAUUUGGAUGAUUGUGAUCCUAUUUCUUGUACAACUUUCAAUAUCCUUGCACCUAUUUACAAGCGACUUGGUGGAGGGACACGUGAAAGCGAGUUUAGGGAGUCUUGGCAUUGUAGGAACAACAAGAUAUUGGAUAUGUUGCUAGACUUGAAAUCCUCUGUAUUAUGUUUGCAGGAAUUUUGGGUGGAUAAUGAGGAACUAGUUGGGAUGUAUGAGAAGAGGCUUCAUGAUGCGGGCUAUCAUACUUACAAGCUUGCUCGAACUAACAAUCGUGGUGAUGGUCUUUUAACAGCACUACAUCAAAGCCAGUUCCGGUUGUUAAAUUACAGAGAAUUGUUGUUCAAUGAUAUUGCUGAUCGUGUAGCACAAGUUUUGCAUGUUGAGGUAUUUUGUGACAUUGCACAGAAGAAUACCACAAAUAUAGUGAAAGAAGUGAUGAUUGUGAAUACUCAUUUGAUAUUUCCUCAUGAUUCAAGAUACUGCUUUCUUCGGCUACAGCAGGUUUACAAGAUUUUGCAAUAUAUCAGGUCAUACAUGGAGAAAUAUGCCCUCCUUAUACCUGUCAUCCUCUGCGGGGAUUGGAAUGGAAGUAAGAAAGGACAUGUCUACAAGUUUUUGCGAUCACAAGGUUUUGUCUCGUCCUAUGAUAUUGCUCACCAUCAUCAGGAUGAUACUGAAGAUUCACAAAAGUGGGUUAGUCACCGCAACCACAGAGGAAAUAUAUGUGGAGUGGAUUUUAUUUGGCUGCAGAAUCCCGGGAAACAGCAGAAAGCCUUAAAAGAAAGCUUCAUGGAAGCACUUUUGGGAAACAUUAAGAAUCUCCUGCACAAAGUUAUAAGUGGAGGCGUUGAUCAGUUGCCACUGAGACUAAGGGACGGAUGUAUAACAUAUUCUGAGUUUUCUCAAGCCCUUGUAGAGUUGGGCAUAAGUGAGCAUCCUCAUGGAGGCCUAAAUGGUGAGGAUAUCAGAGAAAUAUGGGAGCGUAUAGAUGCAGAUGCAGAUGCAGAUGCAGAUGCAGAUGGAGAUGGAAUUGUUAACGUGCCAAACUAUUUGCAUGAAGAAGAUGAUAAUUAUAGUGUAAAGUGUAAAGGAAGUAGAAGAUCCGAGGAAUUGUGUGCCUGCAAUUGGAUUUGUGGUCAAGAAGGCUACACUUUUCCCUCAACAAGUGGAGGAAGGCUCUUGGCCGGAGAAUUACUUGCUUUCUGAUCAUGCACAUCUCACUGUCCAAUUUUCACUAUCUCAAUACAUGUAAGCCAGUGUGUUCUAUCAUGUUAUAUACUUAGGGUGCGUUCUAUUCACUUGAUUUUCACUUAUAUACUUAUACUUAAUAGUGCGCUUAAAAUGAACUAGGGCGAGAUCAUCGUGUUGAGUUUUAGUUGAUGAUUCCAACCAAUUAACAGCAGAGUAUGCAUGUUGUCAUGUUGAUGUACUCCACAUCUCAGUAUCCGAAUACAUGUAUACAUGUAUGUUUUUUUUUUGACAUGAGCUUAAACAAACUAGCUUAAACAACCUAACAUUUAUGUAUACAUGUAUGUUAGGUUGGGUAGAUAACCAAGAUCGAUUACUUCAUUAGUAGACUCAUGACUUUUUAUCUUACCAUCAAGGCAUUAUAAUUACUCCGUAAUUAAUACUCUAAUUUCAUAAUGAUUGGCCAUAUAUAUAUACAUGAACACAAGAUUAUAUUAUUGGGAAUGAGAUUAACAUUUAAUGUCAACAUUAAUGAUAUCACCUCAAUAGUCAAACGUGGAUCAUAGACUGUCAUCUUCCUAUUUCCAUUUCUAUAAUCCAAAUUCAACUAUGCAAAUUCAACUAUGCAAAUUCAACCAAUUCAACCUCACUGUGAAUAUAAUUCUACUACUCAUAGCUUUAGGAUAUAAUUGUUGUAAUUAUCUUCGUCUGAUUUCCUAACAUUGUAAGUAUUAAUACUUCACAUUAUAAAUACAAUCAAUGGAAUACUCUCAUAUUCAGAGAGUUCACAAAAUCCAACAUGGUAAACGCACUUAGAUUAAGGAGUAUUAUAAAACAUCUACUCAGUAUCCGCAAUACUGAAAAUUAUAAGGUGCAUUGUGCACCCAAUAGUAUUUUUAUUCUCAUUGAUGGUCUUUCUCACAUUUUCUCCUCACAUGUAAGCAAAAAGGUGAGAAUGUAAACCUUAUAUGUUCUAAUCCAAUCACAUGACAAAAAAGGAAAACAAAAGUCGCCAACCAAAGCCGAUUACUAAACAAGGUCAAUAGGUCAUAUCGGGACUAACUUAGCUAACGAGGCUAGUUAACCCCGAGUCCGAUGCAUGGUCCAAGCACAUAGUUACUGAAUUUGAGCGGGCUUGGACUAGGGCCUUAUAAAUUUUACUCCAAAUUAACGAUGAAAUUGGGCCAUCGCUAUAAAUCUAAAUAAAGAGUGAAGAUUCAAUAGACUAACCACUCAGAAUUUAGGGGCCGUUAGAUGGGCAGAUGAUGAUGUCACUUCACGUCAGGUGAAUAGAUGAUGCUAUAAAGAGAGGCCGCACAUUGAUCCAAUUGCUGCACUUAAUACUCUUAAUUAAUACAGGACGUUAGCUACUACCCAAAUAUGGAGUAUUAUUACUGCUCUACUCUUUACCAAUUGUAUGUUGGUUGUGGUGAUUGAGGUUGAACUUGGUAGGGAGGAUCGCGUGUUCAUCAUCUGAAAUAACAAUUGAGAGGGGACUGAAACCUAUCUACCCAUAACUCGCCCCAAAUUCGAAUUAACGCUAAGAUAAAUCAGGUGAUAACACCAAAAAAAACUUACCCUACUCUUUCAUUUAAACCAUUUUGGAAGAUCCCGUCAAAAUAAUAAUAAUAAUAAUAAUAAUAAUAAUAAUAAUAAUAAUAAUAAUAAUUGGAAGAGAGAUCCUUCUUCAAUACUCACUUUACUCCGUAUUAAACUUUCAAUUCUCAUACAUAUAAGAUCAGUACCCAAUUUAUUGUUUAGUAUAUUGCAUGCCGGAUUACAUGUCACAUCAUCUUUUACUUAAUUAUCUCCUUCGCCCCUUUUUAUUCUUUACGUUUAGUAUUAUGCACGCGAUUUAACAACUGCUCUUUUCGUCUCUUCUUAUUCUUUACGUGUAUUCCAUUUCGGGUGUUCCAUUUUGUUCUUUACCUGCAUUUCAUUUUACAUUAUCACAUAAAUGCCUUAAUAUUUUAUAAAAAUAUGUGUCCAAAUAAUAUUUUAACUAAUUAAAUUCAUUAGGGCAUUUAAUCUCUCACACUUUUCUAUUGAGGCAUUAAAUCUUUUUCCGUUUCCCACAGUUAGAUUUGUUAUAAAAGUGAAAAUUUUAAAAUAAAGGUAAUUUGUUUUAUUUAAAUACAAAAAUAGAGGAAUCUUAGUGCACAUUAAUUAGUCACUAAAUCGCGUACAUAAUACCAACCGUAAAAAAAUAUUUUGGGACAGAGGGAGUAAUUAAUAUUGAUUAUUCAUUCUUUUUUUUAAAAAAAACAAUGCAAAUUACAUUUAUUGAUAAUGUUUUCACUUUUUAUCUAAAAUAUGACAUUGGAAAAAUGUGUCAAUGGGAAAGUGUGGAAAGUUUAGUGCCCCAAUGAACUUGAUUGAUAAAAAUAAUCACUUGCACGAUUUUUGGUACUCCCUCCGUCUCCUUUUGUUCUUUAUGUUUGGUAUUUUCACGGGUUUUAAUGAUUAAUUUGUAUCGAGAUUCCUUAAUAUUUUAUUUAAACAAGAUAAAUUGCGUUUAUUUAUAAUGUUUUCACUUUUAUCAAUAUUCUGAUAUUGGGAAAUGAAAAAAAAAAUUAAUGUCCCAAUGGAAAAGUGUGAAAGAUUAAGUGACAUAAUGAAUUUAAUUGGUUAAAAUAAUAAUUGGACACAAAUUUUGAUAGAAUACUAAGUCAUUUAUGUAAUAAUAUAAAAAGAAAUGUAAAGAACAUUUUGAAAUACCCAAUAAGGAAAACGUAAAGAACAAAAAGAAAUGGAGUAGAAUAUUAUGGAUAUUUAUGCUACAGUUAAAAAGAAAUAUUUCAAAUGUAAAAAUUAAAAGUGGAUACUCAAGACGGAAAGCGUAAAGAAUAAAAAGGAACAGAGGGAGUAGUAUGCUAUUUAACAUGGUCAAGUGAUGGUCUAACAACUAAAUAAGUUUAGGUUGUCGUGACAAAUUAAGUUUUAUUUUUAUUAAAUUUAAUAAUAACCAAAAUAAGUUGGAAAAAAUUAAAAACUUGGAUCACAAUAAAAUGUGCGCCACUUGGUAUAUGGAUACAAAUAGAGAGUUUGGUUUGACCUACAACGGAUCAAAACGCGGUGCGGAAAUAUGUCAAAGGUAAUAAAGGAGUAAAAUACAUAAUAGAGUAGUAAAGGGCCAAAUUUGCCUAGGAUUUUCCCUAUUUUAUUUUAUGUCUCUAUGAAAAUGAAAAAAGGAAUAGCGGUUAGAUUGAGAAGAAAAAAAAAAAGGAAAUAGAGAAUGGAGAUUAGAGAAUAGAAAAAUGAAAGCAAUAAAGUGCGAAUUAAAGGAAGAUGACUAGGUGAGGUAAUGAAUUAGAAGAAGGGUCGCAGCAGCUUAGCAGAUGCAAUUACUCCCAAUCUUACUAAUAUCUUUCAAUUUAUACGCCUCUCUAAUAUCUAUUGCUCUACCUGAGUACAAUAUAGGAAAUAUACAUUUUUUUUAAAAAAAAAAAAGAAAAAGAAAAAUGUAUAUAUGUUCCCAAGUGUAGGCAUAUUAAAGAAUUUGUUAAGGCAUUUAAUUUACACUCGUCUUCUUCCUGAAUCCUGAUAAUAAUAAAAUGAAAUUAUAAUUAAAAAGUUUCCCUCUAGCUCUUGCUUAGUUUGUUGUUCGUUGUUGUUGGUGAUCGGCAUCGGCCACCACCAACAUAAUUAUCUUUCUCAAAAAACAAAACAAAUCUCUCUCUCUUACGGAGUACUCUUCUACAAUUCCUAUCCAUAAUUUAAUUAAGAAUUAAAGACACCCUCUUUAAUUUUCUUCUCUCUUCAAUUUCCCCCUCUAUAUAAUGAACUUCACAUGAACUUAACUAUUCCCAUUUCCCAUUUCCCAUUUCCCAACCCCCUUCUCUUUCUUCCAUUCUCUUUCUUAAUUUCUCUCUCUUCUUUGUUUCAUCAAGCUAAGGAAAGGAAAGGAGCUGCUCAUAUAUAUCAAUUUCAAGUA